GCCCGAGUCCUGACUGAAAUGCCCAAGGAAACUCCGCUGGGAAGAUUGUCAAUGUUCUUACAGAACACGGAAUAUGACCAAGGACUCAGUAACAUCCUUUGAAUCAGUCCAAUGAAUUUAGUUUGCUACCUUGCGUUUUUACAGAGUCUUCUCUCCGAGAUAUACAUCAAUUUAAUGCAACGAGUCGGAAGUCAGAAGUCCUUAUUAUGAUUCUAUGAUCUAUCCCUCUGCUAAACGGAACCACUGGCAUGCAGAUGGAUCAGGAUCGCCCCUUUUACUCGAACUAUGCCCAUGGGAACAGCAAUGGAUCAUCGUUGCCGGGGAUGUCGCCGGCUUCCACUUUUAAUCGUCGUCCAAAUGUCCAGGCUGCCUCGCAAUUUUUGGCGGCUGCCAUGAUGAAGAGGGCUGCUGAUAGUACUGAAGAUGAAGAUCAUGAUGACUUUGAAUUUGGGUCUCCUUUUACUUCUUCUUAUUCCUUUCCCCAAAACAGCAACAGUAAUGUCUCGAAUGCUGUUGGGAGAUUACACUCGACUCCUGCUACCACAACCGAGCGGUCUCCUUCACCUGCGCAAGGUAGGAACUCCAAAAGGUACUCUCAGACCAUUCACUCCAAAUCGCCGGCUUCAACAGCUUUGGCGUCACCAAUCAAAACACUAGUUCCUGUACCUCCUAGCCAACCUCCUAAGAGAAAAGCAAGAGCAGAAAGAAUUCCUCUCAAUACCCGACAAGACACUGGGAACAAGCACGAAGUUUCUGCACUCCAUGAUGAACUUGAUAUGCUACAAGGAGAAAAUUACUCGCUAUGGGAGAAGCUUCAACAAUCUGAAGAGAGGUGCAGCAAAGCAGAGGCUAGAGCCAGGGAGCUUGAAAAACAGGUUGCCAAACUUGGACAAGGUCUAUCCCUUGAUGAUGAAUUUUCACGGAGAAGAGAAGAAAUCUUGCGUGAAAGAGAGAUUCUUCUAAAGAAUGAAAAAGAAAAGGAAAUAGAAGCUCUUCGUUUGAGAAUAGAGAACUUGACAAAAGAUAGAGAAGCAGCUAUUGCCCUACUUCAGGAGGCAAAUUCUGAAGUAAAUGAUCUACACACAAUAGUACAUAGAAUGGUUUUGACGCAGGAUGAGAAGGAGGAAGUUGUCUUGAAAAGAUGUUGGCUCGCUCGAUAUUGGGGUUUAGCUGUAGAACAUGGCAUUUGUACUGAUAUAGCACAAUCGAGACAUGAGUAUUGGUCAUCUCUAGCUCCGCUUCCAUUCGAAAUGGUCAUUUCUGCUGGAGUGAAGGCUAAGGAAGAGUCCUGGUGUGCAGGCGGCAACAAUCCAGAUAAAAGAAAACUCGUUAAGGAUACAAGUGAUUUAACGGUUGAAGGAUAUAUCGAGAGCAUGCUCUUGGUUGAAGCCGGGCUGAAGGAGUUAUCUUCUUUGAAGGUUGAAGAAGCCGUCAUUCUAGCAAUGGCUCAAAGCCGUUCCGAUUUGGUUAGGCAGUCCACCUCAGAUUUCAGAUUUCAUGGUGAUCUCAAAUUCAUCGAUACAUUUGAACUAAGCAACGAGGAGGCUGAAGAUAUUCUUUUCAAACAGGCUUGGUUGACAUACUUCUGGACAAGAGCUGUGGUGCACCAUAUUGAAGAAGACAUUGCCAGAGAAAGGCUUCAAUCUUUGAUCGGCUUGAGUGGGCAGACACCAAGUCCGCAUGAUGCCGUGGAAGUUGAGCGUGGUUUACGGGAGCUGCGGAAACUUGGAAUAGAACACCAACUUUGGGAAGCAUCUCGCAAACUCACUGACCACCACCCUCCUACAUCGGCAUCUGACGUCAAUGCUCUCCUCUAUGACCUUGAUCAGUGAGAGUUGCACCAUUCAUAUUCUCUUCAUUCCCGUACUAAGCUUACCCCAUAAUUUAUGCCCGUCUGCCGGAGCUACUCUCCACGUUCUCGUGCAUGAAGCUUGUUCUCAUCUUAUGCAUCAGGACAAACUGUCAGGUUGUUAUUGCGGUUGCUCGAUAGGUAAUAAAUAUUCGGAGAGUGGAUCAAGAACAUUGUAAUCUACGAGUUAUCAGUCAAUGAGAAACGAAACAACACGUAUUUUUGGUA